GAAAUGUCAUCAGUGUUCAACAAGUGGCAAUGUGGAAUAGAUGUGUGACUGACCGAUAGUACUAAAACGUAAUUAUAUGUUAUCCAAAAAUGUAUAUUUACGAGCUACCGUUUGAGAUAAACAAGGAGUUAUGCAGGCUUCUCGAUAUAGAAGACUAUUGGAAGGAGUUAGCCGGGAAUCAAAUGAAAUAUUCAGCAUUUGACGUAACUGAUAUGGAACAAACAGCCCGUCGUCUAGCAGUGUCACCAACCAAUCAGCUGUUCACAAGAUGGGGGCAAUUGAACCAUAGAGUAGAAGAACUUUUUAUUUUAUUGUACCGGAUGAAGCACAUGCCAGCACUAGACUGCCUGAAACCAGUUGUCAACACAGAUUUCCAUAAACUAUUAAGUAAACAUAGAAGUUCAAGCAGUGUUAAGGAUAAGAAUACUGCAAUUGUUAAAGAUAAUUCAUAUAAGAAAAGUUCUCAGAAGUCCGAUGGCAACUUCGGGUCCAUACCUUUGCCUGUCAUGUUGAUUGAGAAGGGCGCCCACCUUCCCGCGUCUAGUGGUAUCCAGGACAAUAAUUCGCCGUCACCCAACUACGAGACAAGCACGGAUAUUAGUAAGUCAUCAUCAACACACGGCGACAAAGGCAAUGAAGAUGAUGAGAUCAUGAGGAAUGUGUCAGCGAUACCGCGCAUGAGUUAUGAUGAGCUGAGAGAGGCUACUGACAACUGGGCUGACAGGAACCUGUUGGGGAGGGGCGGCUUCGGGCAGGUCUUCAAAGGUGAAUGGAAACAUCUGCCGGUAGCGGUGAAGCGUUUACGAGACAAUAAUGACAGGAACAAGGAACUGAUCAGAGAGAUGUGUCUCAAUCAAUACAGACAUGACAAUAUACUGCCGCUCUACGGAUACUCGCUAGGAGGUCCCGAAGCAUGUUUGGUGUACCAGCUGAUGUCAGGCGGGUCAUUGGAGCAGCGGCUAAGGGUGAAGACACACCAUCCUCCGCUAACGUGGUCGCAGCGGUACCUUAUUGCCCAUGGCGUUGCUAGAGGUCUACAAUUCCUUCACAAUAUGGCAGGAACGCCGUUGAUUCACGGCGAUAUAAAGCCGGCGAACAUUCUGUUGGAUACCUGCCUCAUGCCCAAGAUCGGAGACUUUGGGCUCGCGAGGAAAGGCCCCUACGGCGAGGACCGAACGCAUGUUAAAGUGUCACGAGUAUACGGAACCAAGCCAUACCUCCCUGACGAGUACCUCCGCUCCCGUUGCCUGUCGCCCGCCGUGGACGUGUACAGCUACGGCGUGGUCAUGGUGGAGAUGGCCACAGCGCUCGUGGCUAUAGACCGCGCCCGGCCCGAGCCGCUGCUCAGCGCUUAUAUACACCAUCAGAAUAGACUGGCCAUCGAUAUGGCAUCAUUAGAAGACCCAGUCCUCCGCGGCACAGCCCACUCGUACCCAGCCAUGUGUCGAACAUUCGUCGGUAUAGGACUGCACUGCACCAAGUUCCAGAGGCACGAGCGACCCACCAUGUUGGAGGUAUACAAGAAACUAGACGAAAUUAAUGUACCGGGGAAGAAUUUCAUGAUGUAGACACAGAUUAAACAACGAAUGGAGUGUUAGUACUAUUUAAAAGUAAUAUGAUUGCAGUUGUAUUGCAAAGCGUGAUUUGACUGCAAAAAUAUUAUUUAAGGUGUUAGAAGACCCUCAGAUUUUUCGCCUAAUAAUCAAACUACAUUAAUUAAUGUCAACAUUUUGAGCUAACGGCCAGAAAAACAUUUUAUAUCACUCGAAAAAU